AUGGAUAUAUACCAAGGGAGUGAUAUGCAAACAAAAGGAACGGUGGCAAAAAAAAAAAAACGGAAGAAAGAACGAUCAAAUGUUGAUGACGCGAAAGACUCACCGCUUCAUAUCAAUCAAUUCGCUGAAGCACACACGCCGUGCAGUCCAUCAUGUUUCUGUCCACACGCAAUCAUCAGGGAUAUUAUCAAGUUAGCCUCCCUCCAUGCACACCGUCCUCCAGUCCACAGCAACCACACAAGCACAGAAUAUAUAUUUAUUUGCGUACACAUACACACAUACGUUUGCGCGCACACUUGUAUACGAGUAAAUGUGAAAGUUCUCAACUCCUUGCAAACAUAUACGUGUAAAUGUAUAAACAUGCAUGCAUGA